UUUGUAUUAAUAAAAACAAUAAGUUAUUUCACGCUUUUCAUAGAUAGAAAAUAAAAAUACUGACAUGGUUUGUUUUAUUAAUGUGGUCACAUGUAUACAUGUAUGUAGUUGUGCUAGUAUAUUGUGUAUGUGUGUACAUGGAAUUAAGAUCAUUUAUAUACUUGCCCCCUCACCCUUUCCAUUAUGAAAGAGACACAUAGUUUUCUAUGAAAUGAUAAAAAUUGAAAGAAAAAAAACAAACAACAACAAUGAAAUAAAACAAAUCACACAAGAAUUAUUAACAUUUAUUUUACCAUGUGAAUAUAUGAACCAAUGAAAAAUUAGUUACGCUCUACAUAAUAAAAAUUAACAAAUGGAAGGGAAACAGAAUUUUAAAGUUCUAAAAAAGGUUGGUGAUAACGAUAGACAAAAAAAUAAACUGAUUAUAAUAUACAAACAUAUUAAUUAUUUGUUAUAUUAAAUGCAUGUAUGUAUAUUUCUAAUCUUUACAAAUGAUGAACAAUAGUGUUUUAAUAGAAAAUUCUUUUGGAUUAUAAUCAAAUUACUUCUCAUAUAUAUCAACAACAGUAAAUAUCAUAUAAUUUAAUUUGGAUCAAAUAUGAAAUAAUCAAAGUCAUUAGACCUAAGAACACAGUAAACUAUUUUUUUUAAGGAAAAAAUAAUUUGGACAUUCAAAUUGAAUUUAAUAAUAACAGAUGAUAGAAACCAUGGAUUUUUCAAGUAUUGACAGAUCAGAAUUAUCUGAAUCUUCAAAUAUGUAUUUAGAACUCAACAAUGAAUCCCAAUUUCAUCCAUUAUGGUGCAUUUUACCAUCAAAAAAUGGUACCAACAAUCAUAUACCAUAUUCCACACCAUGUAAAGAGAAUCAUCGAAAUAAUUCAGAAUCAACUGAUAACAGGAAUUAUAACAAUAAUUCUGUUCCACGAAUCUCUGAUGUAAAUACUUUGAAUAAUUGUGAACAAACAGUUCCAUCAAUCAGUAUAAAUUCAUCUCUUGCACAAAAUAAGUCUUUUUCAUUGUGUACUUCAAAUGACGGAAAUAUUCUCAAUAAAAGAGUGCACAAACUGGAUGACAAAAAACUGCAUCAGAAUAACGGAAUUUCAGAAGUGAUUACAAAACAAACAGUCAAUAGUUCUGAAAUUCCUGUUAUACAAAACAUAAUAUCACCACAGUUUCCGACAAACGAAUUUUCCUUAACACCUAUUGAAUCACAACAAUAUGAUAUAAAUAAUUGUCAGAUUAGUUCUUUGAAUCGGAUGAAUUGUCAGACAAAAACAACUACUACUGACCAAUCAGACAGACAGCAGAAUAUGAGUACUGAAGAACUAUUUCCAGAAGGACACCCUUCUGCUCAAAGUUCCUAUCAGGAGGAACCAUUUAUAAAUACAGAUUGCUGUUCAAAAUUUGAUGUAUCUGGUGUAGAUCUUGAACAAGCAUCAGCUAUUAUAAAUAUGGUACACACUGUAAACGGAGUACAACAAUACACAGAAACAAACAGCGAAAACUCCUUAUUAAAGCAUAAUCAUUCAUACAGCCUCAGCGAUUACAAAGGUAAUCCAAAUCAAUAUUCAUGUCCUCGAUCAGAAUUAAAUAUAAGUGCCGGCUAUCCGAUUACUUCUAUUCAUAAUACUACUGAAGAACACACUUCACUUGAGAUUAGCUCUGAAACACAAAGAGCAUUGGAAUCAUCGAACAGUACUCCUCCAUCAAUUGAAAACACCGAUAUUCACUGUCAAGAAAAAUCUAAUUUAUUGCUUACUCCAUCUCAACAUUCUCCCUUACCCAAAACUACAUUAAGCGAUCAAAUGAUCACUUCUAACUGGAUAAAAAGUGAUCAAUGGAAUAUCAAUUGUUCAGUAUCCAACCAUCAAUCAAAUGAGCGCCAAAAUUCCUAUUGUUUUAAAAAAGACACAAAUGAACAUGUAUUUUUAGACUACAAUGAUGCAAAUUCAACUGUUAUACAAUCCCCUGAUGCUUUUACAGAUGAUCAAACAGGUCAUUCCAUAAUUAGUAGUGAUGCACAAUCAUCUGGUGACGAAUCAGAUGAAGGAAUGAGUUUAGUUAAUUUCGAACACUUUACGAAUUCAAUGCAACCAAAUCAUGCUGGUUUAUAUUUCUGUCAUUUAUGUGAUUUUGCAGGAAGUGGUAGACAAGAAUUUCAAGACCAUUUAUUAUCGCAUUAUGAUUAUAAAUGUUUAAAAUGUGAUUAUACUUCACGUACAGAAGGUCGUUUAAAACGCCAUAUGAAAGAUUUUCAUUCCGAUGUACCACCGGAAAAUUUCUCUGGUAAAACAAUCAGAUCUAUACGUUCAAAAUUGCAACGAUGCAAACAAUGUGAUUUUGUGACUGAUACAAAGGAUGAAUUUUGGCGCCAUUUACGUAUCCAUAUUAAAGAAGAUAAACGGUUAGAAUGUCAUUUGUGCUGUUUUAUAACAGAAUAUAAACAUCAUUUAGAAUAUCAUAUGCGUAAUCAUAUGGGAUCUAAACCUUACAAAUGUCCAAAGUGUAAUUAUGAAUGUGUCAAUAAGUCAAUGUUAAAUAGUCAUAUGAAAUCUCAUUCAAAUGUUUAUCCAUAUCGUUGUGCAAAUUGUCAUUAUGCUACAAAAUAUUGUCAUAGUUUAAAAUUACACCUUACAAAGCAUGAACAUAAGCCAGCUGUAGUUUUGAAUUCUGAUGGAAGUCUACCACCCUAUGAUAAUACAGUAGAAUUAAUUAAUGUGAAACGUGGACCGAAUAUUCGACACGGUAAUUCAAAAUCACACUGCAGACGUCGUAAUUCAUCAGAAUCAACAAAAAAUAGAAUGAAAGGGUCGUCAACAUUAAAAUGUAUCAAUGAAAAAGCUACACAUAUUAGUACAACAUCUAAAUGUUCAACAAGUGAAAAUACAACUCCAAAUAAAGAAUAUCAAAAUCAAACUACGGAAAAUGCAAAUUCCAUGAAUAUACCCAUAAACGUAAAUUGUAAUUCAUCAUUUAAUACAAGCCAGUCAAUGUCUGGAUUCCAAACAUUCGUAACGACAGAAUCAAAUAACAUUUCAUUUUCAAAUUCAACUUUAAGUACACCUAUAUUAUUCCCAUCUUUUACUAGUGCAAAUAAUAUUCCAGUAAAGUUUAUGGACACAGUUAAUUCGAUAACAUCAGACUCAAUACCAAUUACUAGUUCUCUUAGUGAUUCAUUAAUUACUAAUAGUAAUACAAUUAUGAAUUCUUAUUCAAUUCCAACAGGUUGUAAUUCAAAUGAAACAGAAGAACAAUAUGUAACUGUAACUUCUGAUCCAUUUUUAAAUUAUUCCGUUUCUGCAUAUUCAUCAAUGGUAGCUUUUAUGGCUGCAAUGCAAUGUGGUGAUUUUAGCCGAGCUCAUUUAAUUUCAUCUAAUUCAACAAAUUUAACCGAAUUAACUGAUUUAAAUUUUACAUCAUCUAAUUCUCUUUGUACCACAGAUAUUUCUAAUACAAUAUCAUCCGUUGAAUUUUGUAAAAAUCAAGCAUUAACUUCUAUAACAUCAUCAAAUUGUAGUAAAUAUAUACAACCAAAUGAAUUAAAUAAUACUAUUUCAAAAAUUUCGGAAAUAAAUUAUCCAAUAAUUCAUUCAUCUAAUAUAAAUACAAAUACAAAAAUUACUCAUUCAAUAAAUGAAUUAAAUCAUUCAUCAAUUUGUUCAUCAUCUAUUACCCCUAAUAUUUUUACUACAUCCAAUAAAGAUCAAUUUCUUCAAGAAAAAAAAAUUCUACUUCAAGAAUCAACGGAAAUCAUUGAAACUAAUGAAAUAUCAUGUAAGAACUUAGAAAAAACUAAGAUUAUCAUGUCAAAUAAAACUGUAUGUAAUGAUAUUGAAUCAGCUUUAGAUUUAUCCUCUGGAUCAUGUAAUAAACAAAAUAUAAACUGUGAUAAAUUUCAUAAACCAAUUGAAUAUGAUUUAAAAUUAAACAAUUCUGAAGAUAAUGAACAAAAUUUUCAAAUUAUUAAACACAAAAAAAAAAAUGAAAAAUCUCACGUAAAAGAGUUACAAACUAUUAAGUCAUCAAUCAUAUCAUCAUCAUCAUCAUCAACAACAACAACAACAACAACAAUAACAACCUUAAUGGAUAAUACUUUGAAUAAUAAUAAUAAUAAUAAUAAUAAUAAUAAUAAUAAUAAUAAAGAUUCAUCAGAUUUCACUCAUGAAUGUCGAUUUUGUGAAAUACGCUUUCGUCAACGUACUCUAUAUGAUAUACAUAUGGGAUUUCAUAGUCAUUCUGAUCCUUAUUUAUGCAAUCGUUGUGGUCAUCAAAGUAAUGAUUCUGUUGAAUUCUUUACUCAUCUUGGAGAAGAAGCACAUUAUUCAUAGAAAUAUUUUACAAAUAGAUCAUUCAUUACUCAUAAAUACAUAUACAUACAGUUUACUUCUUUUUUUAUAACUAAUUUGGUUUCAUUGUAUUAUUGAAAAGUAUGUUUUCGUUUUUUUCAAAAUUAUGUACAGUUCUUGAUUCUGUAAGCAUUUUUUCUUUCGAAUUUCAUAAACACAUCAGUACACAUUGUUUCCUUUUUCUUUCUAGUUCAUUCAGUUAUCUAUUGACAAUUAUAAAUAAGCGCAUAAAAACACCUAACCUUCAAUUUAUGAAUCAAAAUAAUUCAAGACAAUUAAUUAUUAUUUAUGAACAGUGAUAGAAUAAAACAGUUGAAAAUUGACAAGAAAAAAAAGUAGAACAGUUUUAUGCUGGUUAAUUGUUCAUCUUAUCGUUUUUUUCUUUCAAUACGUAAUCUUCUUUUUAAUAAUAAUUUUGUUCUCAUUUCACCUAUCAACAUUUGAUUAAGUUCGUCGUAAACAAACCAUUCAACAAUGGAGAAAUUUAUCAAUUCUGUAUAAUGGUUAAACAAAUCGAAUAUCUUCUGGAUAUAUAUAUAUAUAUAUAUAUA